ACGAGCUCAAGCGGAGUUUUCGCUCCGUGUAUUACACACAGUUGUAAAUCUCAACUGAGACGUUAUAGUGUCACGAUAGGGUGAACCCUUUCCAUCGUGCGGCCCCUUAAAUGGCAGAGCCACGCAGCCCAGUCUCAGCGACGGUCCCCCAGACCCCGAUGGGACUUGCCCCUCCUGAGGGGGCAGUGGUCGAGAUGGACCCUGUGGAGUACACUCUUCGCAAGCGCCUGCCCAGAAAGCUACCCAAGCGACGCAACGACGUUUACGUGAACAUGAAGACAGACUUCAAGGCCCAGCUGGCGCGUUGCCAAAAACUGCUGGACGGGACUGCUGGACACAGAGAGAUCUGCAUCCAUGGCUUGGGACUGGCCAUCAACCGAGCCAUCAACAUCGCCUUGCAGCUGCAGGCUGCCAGCCAAGGGGCUCUCCAACUUGCUGCCAACACCUCCACUGUAGAGCUGGUGGAUGAUCUGGAACCAGAGGACCCAGAUGAGGCCGGAGAACCACUGACGCGCACCCGGAACAACUCUGCCAUCCACAUCAAAGUGUUCUACCCAAAUCCCCAGUGAUUGUGUUGCUGCCAUCACUGAAACGCAAGGCAGGAGAAAACGCUGGUGGUUUUCACAGCUGUCCAUCUUGUCCCAUAGGCUUUUUGUUCCAGUCAUGUGUUACAAGAGCUACUGUUUGACUGGCUACUUUCCUUGA